UUAAACACACACCGUAUAUGUCCGUCAACAAACAAGCAACUUUCACUGUUCACGAACGUUACAAACUGGUAAUUUCGAUGCAAGAUGAGAACACGUGCUCAAGUUUUGAAAAACUUCAAAGUGCAAGUAGUUGAAUUUCUGUGCUGUUUUGUAUUAUUAUUGUUUUACAUUCAGAUAUGCGCCGCCCAAAAUUGGUUUGAUAGAACGAAUGGCACCGUAAGGGAUGUUUAUAAUACAAGCUCCUGCAUACCAAAGCCCUAUGCUUGUCCACAUCCGCAGAUACAGUUCUAUUUGUAUACCAGGCGCACACAAGAACAUCCAGAGCUAAUCGACUCCCUAGACAAUAACUCACUGUACAACACGCUUUUUAAUCGCAAAAAUCCAACGAAGCUUGUUAUACACGGCUUUGGGGGCGGAAGGAAUCUAUCUCCCAGUACGGAUAUGAGAAAGGCGUACUUUACGAAUGGCGCCUAUAACAUCAUAAUCGCCGACUACGGUACAUUGGUACGCGAACCCUGCAUAAAACAAAUGGAAUGGGCGCCUCGUUUCUGCGCCUUUUGCAUAGCCCAAUUCAUACGCUACCUAAGCUUGCAUCCUCGAGGAAUCAAGGCCGACAAGAUUCACAUUGUCGGGUACAGUAUAGGGGCUCACAUCGCCGGCAUUAUCGCCAAUUACCUCGAUCCGAAGAUUGACGGAAAAUUGGGGAGGAUUACGGGCUUAGAUCCGUCCAUAUUCUUCUACAUGAGUGGGAAUCGGUCACGGGACGUCGACGCAUCCGACGCCCAUUUCGUCGACAUCCUCCACACGGGAUCGGGAAUCUUAGGACAAUGGGGACCGAAUGGUCAUGCAGAUUUCUACAUAAAUGGUGGAUCUAGUCAACCGGGUUGUAGCGGUGAUUCAUUAUUCCAGACGGUCGCAUGCGAUCAUACGAAAGUGACACCGUAUUUCAUAGAGUCGAUUGUGUCAAACAGAGGAUUUUAUGCGUAUCCAUGUCCAAAUUUGGUCAGUUUUCUGAUCGGCUGGUGUAAUCCAGAGGACCAUGAGUAUGUGUUGAUGGGAGAACACGUAUCCCACAAGGCUAGAGGCAUAUACUACGUCAGGACAAACCCUCAAGUACCUUUUGCCCAAGGCGACCCGCGAAAACGAAGAAAAACAAACAAUUCCACCACCACGUGAAGACGCUUCCAAAGUACUUAACUAUUGUUAUUGCAAUAAUUUUAUUUAAUACGCUAUACGUAUACAUAGUUACAACAAAAACAAUACAGCAAUAAAAAUGUUUAUAAUA